UGUCAACAAGCUGUCUUUGUUCAUUUGUAUGAUUUAGGACUUACUACAUUAUUGUCAGCAUCACAAUUGAUUGACAUUCAAUUGCUAAAACAAUAGAUUGCAAUGAAAUCCUCACAAGAUUCAUAAAUCUCAUUUAAAGUGGGACUACGGUGUUGCUUUCCGUACUAGCAUAUUGCAUCAAUCUAGGUGUGUGGCUGUUUGCCUGAAUGUAAAUAUAGGAACACGGACCAGCUGGCUGCAUGCUAAUCGAUUACUUUACCUGCUUUGUCGUAUAAUUUGAUAUUUGUUUUGUUUACUUUGGGAGUCAAUUAAAACCUUGUACAACUGAUUCCGAUCCUGAGAGACCUGGAUAAUGAGACUGUGGUGAAGAGUAGCAAGCUGAAAUCAGAACUCUAUUGACAGCUUUUCCUUUAGUCGAGACUGGUAGUCUGGAGUGUGUUUGAGCCGAUAAUUUUUUUUUAUAUCAAAUCAGGUUAAAUCGUCAUCAUGCCCAAAGGAGGAAAAAAAGGUGGCCAUAAAGGUCGGAUGAGAACCUACACAAGUCCUGAAGAAAUAGAUGCUCAAAUGAAAGCAGAAAAAGAAAGAAAGAUGACUGAAGAUGAAGAAGGUGUGUCAGUGAACGACAACCAAAGCGAAGACAAACUGACAGCAUCAGGUUCAGAGGACAGUGAUGACGACGGGUCUCAGAAAAGGAAGGGUGUUGAGGGCUUGAUAGAGAUUGAAAAUCCUAAUCGUGCUGCCCAGAAAACAAAGAAAGUCACUGAGUUAGAACUUGAGGGACCCAGACAGCUUUCCAGAAGAGAAAGAGAAGAGAUUGAAAAGCAAAAAGCCAAGGAGAGGUAUAUGAAAAUGCAUUUAGCUGGCAAGACAGAUCAAGCUAAAGCAGAUCUCGCUCGGCUUGCCAUUAUUAAAAAGCAACGUGAGGAGGCUGCGCGGAAAAAAGAAGAGGAACGUAAAGCAAAAGACGCAGCACAGGAAACAGCAGCAGCAGCUAAAGGAAUACAUACAAUGUCUCUCAAAUAAUGCAGACGUAGUGGAUUCUUAAAAGCUUUGAUGCAUUUAUGGACAGUGUACAGUUAUAUUGACAAUAUUAUUUUUGAAGGAAAAAAAAGCUUGAAAAUGUGUUAUGCUAUGUAAAAUUUUAUAACACAAUGUUCUGUUGAUGAGGAAUAUUGCAGAGUAAAUUAUCCCUGAAAGCAGGCAAUGCCUUUGUGAGAGCCCUGAUGCUUUCACCAAAGUGGCUAACUCAUAAUGCUGGCUUUCACUCGAUUAUACUAGAAAUAUAUAGACAUGUUUAUUAAUAUAUUAACAUAUUGACACAUGCAACUGAGUGGAUUUUAAUUAAAUAAUUAUUGUAACAAAUAAAGACCUCUGUUGUAAAGGACCUGGGAUAUUGUAAAAUUAUGUUCCGAUGGGAUUGUCUUCUUGAAAUUAUGUAAAAGAUAUCAUAAUGCCAAUAAAA